AUGGCAGCGAAGGCCAAGAACAACAAGGUGGGGAAUGAAUUGGGUUGUGGUCUCGUGGGGAGAAUCCUCCAACUCAAAAGCUACAGGGUGAGAAAAUCAUCUGUUCAUUCACUACCCAUGAAGGCUAGCAACAAUGCACAGAGCAAUCAUGGCAAAAAUGAACCCAAGAAGUCUCAAAAUGAAGAAUCAAAGGUUCCACGAAGAAGCUCAAACAAUCAAAAUUGGAGGCAUUCAGAUGCUGCACGAAGCUCAACAUCAUCAUCAUCCACUGGUAGUUCAUCCCACACAAAGGUUCAACAAAACAAGGACACCAAUGAUGAGAGCAAGUUACAUAGAGAGCCCACGGGUAAUUCUCUCGAACUUGCCAGGAUAAGUACUAGUCAACAGCGAGAUAAUGAAAGCCACAAAUCUCAGGCCAAAGAUUUUGGUGCCUUGAAACUCACUGGGAAUUUGCUUGUAAGUAACACACCGAGAAGAAAGAGUGUGGAAUUCAUAGCUAAGAAUGCAGAGUUGAGCUCUAUGACCAGUUCAUACAGUAAUGCAAGCAAAGGCGUGAUGGGGAAUAUCAUGAGGAAGAACAGCAAUGAGCUUGCACAGUUUCUAAGUCCAAAGCACAACAGAGUGAGCCCUGAAGUGUUGAAGUCCAUGGGAAAUGAAGCAUACAAGCAGGGAAAAUUUGAAGAGGCUUUGGCUUUGUAUGACCGAGCAAUUGCUCUUGAUUCAAAAACGGCAACGUAUCAUUGCAACAAGAGUGCAGCUUUAAUUGGCUUAGGAAGGUUUCAGGAAGCAAUUUUUGAGUGCCAGGAAUCUAUCCGGCUGGAGCCUUCAUAUAAUAGAGCCUACAACCGUUUGGCAACAAUAUAUUUCAGAUUGGGAGAAGCAGAAAAAGCACUGGAUUGCAAUCAGUCAACCUCAGAUGCUGAUUCUGUACUUGUUUUUCAAGCUCAUGCUCUUCAAAAUCACCUGAACAAAUGCAUUGAAGCCCGGAAAGUCAAUGAAUGGAGUGUUAUACUGAAGGAAACACAGUCUGCAAUAUCCUUGGGUGCUGAUUCAGCCCCACAGGUCUAUGCUUUACAAACUGAAGCCUUGCUGAAGCUCCUAAGAUAUCAAGAGGCAUAUACCAUCUACGAGAAAAUGCCAAAAUUUUCACUUGAUUGGUGUAACAAGAUAUUUGGCCUGGAUCGGAGUGCUUACCUGUAUAUGAUAGGCGCACAGGUUUACUUAGCAGCCGGCAGAUUUGAGGAUGCUGUGACAGCAGCUCAGCAAGCAGCUAAAGUUGAUCCAAGCAAUAGAGAGGUGAAUGCAGUGGUAAGAAGGGCAAGAGCAGCGACAUCAGCUAGAAUGAGUGGAAACUUGUUCUUCAAGGGAUCAAAAUUCAUGGAAGCAUGUGCAGCAUACAAUGAAGGACUAGAGCAUGAUCCACACAACUCAGUUCUGCUAUGCAACAGAGCAGCAUGUCGUUCUAAGCUAGGCCAAUAUGAAAAAGCAAUUGAAGACUGUAAUGAAGCACUUAUAGUUCAGCCAUGUUACAGCAAAGCAAGGUUAAGAAGGGCAGAUUGCAAUGCGAAGAUGGAAAGAUGGGAAUCUGCCAUUCAAGACUACGAAAUGCUAAUAAGAGAAAAGCCAGGGGAUGAGGAAGUGGCUAGGGCUUUGUUUGAGGCCCAGCUCCAACUCAAGAUGCUACGUGGUGAAGAUAUUAAGGACUUGAAAUUUGGUUCAAAUUUGGUUUUCAUCUCAAGUAAUGAUCGAUUCAGACAUUAUGUAACCUCACCUGGGAUGGCUGUGGUGCUCUUUAGCAGCAAGGCAACGCAUAAGCAAGUGUUGCUGGUUUUGGAGCAAACCAGCAAGAGAUUCCCAUCAGUUAAUUUCCUUAAGGUGGAGAUUGAAGACCACCCAUACUUGGCAAAAUCAGAAGGAGUGACCUCUAUUCCAGCCUUUAAAAUAUACAAGAACGGAUCAAGGGUUAAAGAAAUUUCAGGCAACAACCACGAGUUGUUAGAAAGAUCAGUUAAAUUGUACAGCAGCUGA